UGCCACCCCCUGAGGCCUCCCCGCCACUCUCCCGCUAUGGCCCGGGGGGCCGGUGAGGCGGCCGCGGAGGGGGAGCUGGGAGAUGACAGCCUGUCUGUGAUAACCUGUGAAUCAGAUACAGAAAUGAAGUUAAAGAAGAAAAUUUUUCACAAGCCUCCGAAGUCACCAAAGUCUCCAUACAGCUCUAGCACACAACUGUAUCCUAAAAAAGCUGCAGUUUGGCGAUCUCUGCAGGGAACAGGCAGUGCACGUCUUGAGAAUGGAACUGUAAAAAACCCAAGGCAGAUGUGGCUGGGAUCACUGAAACAAGGAAUGAGCCAUCCUCUGAAAUCAGAUGUUGACAUGGGGCAUAUGCAGACUAACAUUUCUAGUAGCACUCCAGAAUAUUUGAAGGAAGCUCUAGGAAUGAAGAAGCCAAAACAUUCUCGUUCUUCUAGUAAUGGCUACAUCCCUGGAACUCCUGACUACAAAGAAAAAGAAGAUAUGUACGAUGAAAUUAUAGAACUAAAAAAGACAAUACAAGCUCAGAAAAGUGAGGGAGAUCGAAUGAAGACUAAGCUCCGUCGACUAGAAGAAGAGAACAAUAGAAAGGAUAAACAGAUUGAACAACUGUUGGAUCCUUCCAGGGGCUCCGAGUUGGCACGAGCUUUGUCAGUAAAGAAGACCAAUAAUGGAUGGGUGGUUAGUGGAUUGAAGCAGAAGAUUUUCAAGCUAGAACAAGAGUGCGAGGAGAAAGACAACACUAUUAACAAAUUCCAGGCAGACAUGAAGACCACUAAUUUGGAAGAAAUGAGGAUAGCUAUGGAAACCUACUAUGAAGAGGUUCAUCGUCUCCAACUCCUCCUGGCAAAAUCUGAGACUAUGAGGAAAAAUACAGAGGGCAGAGAUACACAGAAACGACUAAAGGCACUAAAUGCUGCUGUCCUGAGGUUAUCCAGGAACAUCAAGGAAUUGCAGAAUGAGAAUCGGAGACUGAAAGAAGAUCUAGGUCAUGUGCUAAGCAGUUCUCCUCCUUCCAAUAAAGCAAAAAAUUAUAGUGAAUGGAGCAGACAGAGGCUGGUGAGACGGAUUUCGGAACUAGAAAAAAAAGUAUGUGCCAUGGAGAACAGCAGGGUGUCAUCAGCAGAUAGUGAGUCAUCACAGUUACUUGCUGUGCCAUCUUCGCCUUCUGUAGUCCCAGAUCAUCCAGCCUCUCAACAGGUAGACCAUGUUGAGGAAUGUCUUCGCCUCCAAGGGCUAGUGAAGAAACUGCAGAGGGAUAAGAAGACACUUCAGAAUCUCCUACUCAAUAAAGAAUUAGAUAUCAAGCAAUUACUACAGGCUAAAGCUGAAGUGGAGCUGGAGCUGCAGAAGUGGCAGAAUAAGAUGGAAGAAAAGACUACAGAAGAGCAGGCUUUGAGUGAGGAAAUCCAGAACCUGACACAGAAAGUAGGGAAAUUGGAAUCAAAAUUGGAAGAAGAGAAGAGGCAAAUGGUGGAAGAUACAACGGAAAAGCUUAAUAAGUCUUCACCAGUCUGCAUGGUUAAAGACAAAGAAGAUCACAGGAAGGAACAAGCAGCCAAAAUCAUCCAGAGACAGUGGAAGAUGUACCGAAACAAGAAAGAAGAAAUUGCUUUGAAUGAGGCAGUUGUUAUGCUUCAGGCAGCUUUCAGAGGACAUUUAGCUCGGCAGAAACUGUUACUGGAUAACAGGAUGCAUGAUGCAAAAUCUCACCGCAAGAACUCCUGCGUGCCUUCCAUGUCAAACUCCUUGAGCUUGUCUUCUGAUUGCAAGGAGAAGGAUGAGAUUGUGACAUUCAUCCAGUCCAUCUUCAGGGCUCACUUAGCACGUAUGGUACUGCUUGAGGAGAGGCCUUCUGUGUCCAGGGCACCAAGUGAGAAAGCAGAUUCUGCAGUUUACAUUACAGAGAAGAAACCAGCCUCAGCAGCACUCCAGACACCUCCUUCAAUCUUCAUGUCAUCUCUUCCUGCCAGGUCCUCUGAGAAGCAUUUGCAGCCUGCUCUCUCUCUGUCUGUGGAUGAAGCUCACUCGGAUGAUUCAGAUGAUAUUGUCAUUGUCUCUCCACUGUUGCAGAUGAAGAAAAACUACACCCGCUUUUAAGUUUUGGUAAUAGGCUCUGGUGAUCUUGAAUUAUUCCAUUCAUAAAACUAUUUCUACCAUGAUAAAGCAUAUCAAAGAUGAAAAAGGGGAGAUAUCAGCCCCUUUUUAAUGACAGUUGUCACUGUUUCAACCAUAAAUGAGUAAUUGUUUGUUAUGUUAUCUGCAGACUUUAUGGCUAAAAGCCACUGUCUGACUGUUAACCUUAUCCUCCUGGUACACAGAAUAAGUUCGGAUUUAAAAACUAAAAUGAAACACUAAUAUUUUAUCUCACAAUGAGGAUUAUAAAUUCAGUUGCCAAAUUUAAAUGAAAGCAAUAAAGCCUUAAGCUAUUUCAUGUCAAACAAAGUUUUGUUUCAGGUCAACGAAAAUAAUUUGUUUAAUCAGAAAGUGGUUAAUGACAUGACUGCAAUUUUCAGCUUGUGUACGUGAAGGGGAACAGCUUGUAUUUGUUGCCAAGUCCUUGCUAUUUAAAAAUUUUACCGUGUCAUAUUUUAAUAUCUUUUUUGUUUAUAUUGAACAUUUACAGUCUGUGCAGACCUUGUAAAGGAUUUUAGAAAGCCAUAUCUUUGUCAUAGGGCUAUUCUAGGCCUACUGUAUCAGCAGGGUUUUCUUAUUUAUUGCUUUUUCCAAGUGUGCUUGCUAUGAUAUGUGUAGUACUAUUUUGUAUUUGACAUGUCCGAUCACAUAAUCAUUUUUUUAUAUUUGUCAGAGAAGGUGCAUAAUAGCAGGAGUGUUCUGUGGAGGAUAUCCUUGUGACUGCUUUUCCUGCUUAUCUAUCACAAAUCUGAGUGGAUUAUGCAGGGUAAUCUUUCAUGUGAAAACAUUUGACAUAGGAAAUAAGUUGCUUUAUGUCCUGUUUUAGCUUACGUCACUUGACUGUCUGAAACUUUCACCUAAGUAGAUUGCUUGUCCACCAAGCACUAAGGGGCUUUAAGUCUAAUAAUGUUGCUUUGCUCUUGUUGACCUCUCUUCUCAGUAGGUCCGGUCACAGCCUGGGAGAGGGAUCACAAUACACCUGUCUCCUGUCACCAGGUAAAGCUGCGAGGCUGGCUGCUGGAAAGCAUGGGCACUCCCAGCUCUAUUCUGAGGGAUAUGGAUUGGGAUGAGCAUAAUAUACAGAACCUAACCCAUGCAGUUUGGUUUAAGAACAGAAGCGGUAGGUUAGAUUACAAUAGAAAUUAAGACUACGUUCAGAAAUAACACUACUUGGCAUAAUGGUCUGUGGAGAAUAUGGUCAGAGGGGUCUUCCCAGAUCUUUUACACAGACUGUACCCCUUCUUGACUGGAAGAAGGACCUUAUAGUUCCCACUACCAUGCCAACAUCCUUCACAGGCAUUACAAUGCGUGUGGGUGUUUUUAAGGUGAACUAGAUAAAUUAUAUGAUAUCUACUGGAAGGAGAAUUUAAUUUUACAAACACACAGUGAAGUUUUUCUGAAGACCCUGAUGGUUUCUUUGUCAUCGAGGAGUAAUAAAGACUCCUGUAAACAGAAAGCACACUUUUAAAUGUAAGAUUUUUAUCGUCUUUUCCCUCUUCUUUUUUAAAUUAAAAACCAGUCACCACUGUUUCACAGAAUACUAAUAAGUCAGAGCUGUCUCGGUUCUUUGAUUUCAUUGAAGCACUAUCUGAGGCUUAUCAUAGUUGAUGCCAGUACUUGCAGCCAAAGAGGAAACUGGAUGGCUGUAGCGCAGUGCAGCUGAUUUCAUUUAAUCCCAUCGGUGGAAAUGCUGCCUGUGCUAUUUCCAAAGGCAGUUUUGGGAGCUCUCCAUACCCAAAGCAGUCUGAAGAAUGUCAUUUACACUCCCGUUGGGUAAAUUUUUCCUUCUGGUACUUUGGUCACAUGACUGUCAUCUGCAGAAAGGAUAAAAAAAUAUAUAAAAUGAAAGAAUAAAAGGGAUAGAAUCCUCUUGGCAGAAGCUGAGACCUGUUUCCCUCUUUUACUGAAAGUCAUGUUAUGAAAAAGUCAUUUUCCUAAAUAGAAGCAGAGCUAUACUGAGUUGCUUAUGUAUAAUAUUUCAAGUCUGUAACUGUGACUCUGUCAUGGAUCCCUCCAGAGAGAGUAACUAGAGCUGAGGACUCUGACACAUUAAGGGGAGAAUAUGUAGUGUGUCAGGACCAAGACUGAUAUAAAAUACCUACCUAGCUGUUACGCUAUAGGGAAAUACUUGGACAGCAAAUAUAAUGAAGAUUACAUUCUUUUACUGUGCUGUAGUCACCAAUAUAAAAGUAUUAGGAAGUAGGUACUGAGCAGGAAGAUCUGUAUUUCAGUUGAGUGUAUGACUAGCAGUAAUGCUGUCAAAAGGCAAGUUCUGGGAUAAAGCAGAGAUAGUAUCUUGGUAUGACCCAGAAGCAGAGACAGAAAUCAGGGUGCAAAGCAGCAGAUGUUUUCUGGGUUGGAUGAAAAUGUGUCUAGAGCUUCCUAAAUUUUAGUUGGCUAUCUCCUAGCUAUCAAAAAUCUGAUACUUAACUUGAGCCAGGCUUCAAACUUGUGUCUUAGUUUGGAAGAUAACUAUAUGCUCACUGCACAUCAAGAGUUUGAUGUGGUACAGUAGAAAGAAAAACCUCCAUAGUAUCAGCAGGCUUUAAUGUUGUUUUGUUAUGUACUGUAAUAGAAUGUGUUGAAAGGAGUAGUAAUUGACAUUAGGUUUCAUUCUGUGGUUAUCUGUCUGAAUGCCAGUACCUGUAAAUCUGGGAAGAAGUGUGGGACACUGAAAGAUGAAAAAGUUAAUUUUGGAAUAAACAGUGUUUCUCCUUAAUAGGGAGCUGAGGGCAGUAAAAAUCGGUGUGUUUCAAACCUGUCAAGAUAGGCCCAAUACAAACAUUCAGUUUCUGAAAAGUAUGUCUUCUGUAGAAAGCACUGGUAACCUUGUGGGGGCGUCAAGGUCUUGAAUUAAAAUUAAAUUCUGCUGUAACCUACAUAAUCUAACAGCACACUUUCCAUUCUACUGCUAUGGGAUAAUGUUGCCUACUUAAAACCUUUUGCAGUUUACAGUAGUGUUUAGUUAGAGAUCGUGUGUGAAUAGAGAUCUGACUUUCAUAGGAUGUUAUUUCUCUUGAUCUUGUUUUGCCCUUAAGUGCCUAUGCCUGUAAAUCUUUACUUGAGGCAUCGAGACCUGAAAACUGCAUUGUUGUCUGCAUAGCUAUAAAAAUAAUCCCUGCACAGGCAACUUUUAAUAGAGUCGAAAUGGGAAAGGAUUAAUCUUGGCAUAUGAGAGCACCAUUAAUUUUUAUGAUCUCUUUAAUAUUUAGAACUGUGCAAGUCUCUUACGUAAUUUAUUUUGGGAUCUUUCAAAAGCCAAAAAAAUUGCCAUGUAUUUUCUCCUAUUG